GAUGUUUUUGCAUCUCUAUUUGAAACGCACGUGUGCGGUUCGUAAAUAAUAGUUUUAUUAUUAUUUUUGCGGCCAAAAUGACCCAGGCCGAGAUCGUUAAACGGCUCCGUGAGGAGUUCGACAAUGAGCGCAACGCGGAACAGAAGCCAAAGAAGGAAGACCUGUUAGCCGUCACCAAAAGGUUUCACCAGCGGAUUCUCAACCUGCUGACCAUUCACAAAGUGCCCUACUCGAAGAAAGAAGAUGAAGACACCUACGAGGAUUACCUGCUCCCGGACAACAAUAAAUCUGCCCACAAGAAAGCCCAAAAACAAAACAAGAUAGAAGAUUCCGACGACGAGGAUGUAGACGAGCGAAUCGCGUCCAUCAAAAACAAGCUGCGUCAGAAAAAAGGCCCUACCACUGAGCGCCAACAGAAGCGGCGAGAGGCCAAGAAGCUGAAGCGCAGCAAGGGCGUCCAGAAACUGCUCCUCUCCUCGGCCAAAAAUCUGAAGAACGAGAAUGUCAAGCACCAGAAACUAAAGAACGGCGUGGUGAAGACCGAGCAGGACGCGGACUCAGAGGACACCAAGGCUCAAAUCCAGCCCGUUAAGGUUCAGCCGGUGUACAACCAGGAGGCCAAGAUAGUAUACUCCAAGGUGGACUUUGCCGCCAAUCCGGGUGGCAAGACCAAGAAGUCGCACCAGAACCCCAAGGAGAUCCUGAAGAAGCUGCGAGACACCAAGAAGCACAUUACAGAGCUGCGUGAGCAGGGAGAAGCAGAUAAGGCGGCCGAAAUACAGACAGACAUCGCAUGGCGCAAGGCCUUCGACAAGGUCGAGGGCAAGAAGGUCAAGGACGACACAAAGCUGCUGCAAAAGGCCAUCAAGAAGCGGCGAGUGGAAAAGAAGAAGGCCAAGACCAAGUGGACCGAGCGCAAGCAGAAGGUGGAGCACGACAUCCAGAAGCGGCAGAAGAAGCGCCAGGAGAACCUCGACAAGCGCAGCAAAGACAAGCGCAACAAAAAGCUGAAAACGGCCAGCAAAAAGGGUCGCAUCAUACCCGGCUACUAAUUCGACUUUUAGCAUUAAGUUUAAAAUUCUGUGUAAUAUCUAAGUUGAAUAUCCACGUUGAAAAUCAACUCAGAUUACUGUAAAAAAAAGAGUAAUCUUUUGAAAA